UGCAGCGUUGGGAGAAAGGUCGUGUGAAGACAAAAGCCUGGAAGUGGAAGCAAAUAAGCAAAUUCAAUGUACCAUGUUUUCCUUCUCUCCACUCUCCAAUGCUCUUGGCUUCGGAUUAUUCCACUUAUUAUUCUCUCUUUGUUUUUACUAGUCAACGCAGUUAUAAAUGUUGGAAAGUUGUACAAGUCUUUUCCGGUUUUCCCUUGAGCCAAAGAAAAAUCUCUCUCUCUCUCUCUCUCUCUUGAUUGAGAGUUUUGGAGAGACGACUCUGAAGAAUAAACCAUCUUUACCACUUUCUCUGCUGAUAGUGUUAGAGAUGUUUGGUUGUGAUUGUUUUUGGUGGAACAGUGUUCCUCAAUCCUACCCUUCUCAGCCAGAGCCCUUCUCUCUGCCUGCUCCUCUUCCACAAUGGCCACAAGGUGGUGGUUUUGCUAGUGGAAGAAUAAGCCUUGGAAGACUAGAAGUUUUAAAAAUAACCAAGUUUGAGAGAGUUUGGAGCUGCACAAGUUCGCAUGCUAAAUCACAGGGUUUCACAUUUUACAAACCUUCGGAGAUUCCGGAUGGGUUUUUUUGCCUAGGUCACUAUUGCCAGUCCAAUGCUCAGCCAUUGAGAGGACAUGUUCUUGUGGCUAGUGAAAUUUUUCCUGAACCUGAAUCUCCAGCUCUUAAAAAACCAAUUAACUACUCCUUAAUAUGGAGUGCUGAUUCACCACAUGAUGGAUGUGGUUAUUUUUGGUUGCCAAACCCUCCUGUGGGGUACAAAGCCAUGGGCAUAGUAGUCUCUAGCAAACCAGAUGAGCCUGAAGUUGAAGAAAUUAGAUGUGUGCGAGCAGAUUUGACAGAAACAUGUGAGACUUGUGAUCUAUUACUAUCUAUGAACUCAAAGUUUUCCAAAAUUUCAUCCAAGGUUUGGAACACACGGCCUUGUGAAAGAGGUAUGUGGGGUAAAGGUGUCUCGGUUGGAACAUUCUUCUGCAGCACCUAUUCUGACUCUAAUCAAGUGGCAGAUAUUGCUUGCUUGAAGAAUCUUGACUCCACCUUACAUGCCAUGCCAAACAUAAACCAAAUUCAUGCACUCAUUAACCAUUAUGGCCCCACUGUGUUCUUCCACCCUGAUGAGACAUACUUACCAUCAUCAGUGCAAUGGUUUUUUAAAAACGGAGCACUAGUAUAUUCAAAAGGCAGUGAGAAGGGUAAAGCAAUAGAUUACCAAGGGUCAAACUUACCUAGUGGAGGAACAAAUGAUGGUGCUUAUUGGAUAGAUUUGCCUACUGAUGAUGAUGAUAGAAACAAUGUAAAAAAGGGGAACAUAGAGAGUGCAGAACUGUAUGUACAUGUGAAACCAGCUUUGGGAGGAACAUUUACUGAUAUUGCCAUGUGGGUUUUUUGUCCCUUCAACGGACCUGCCAUACUUAAAGUGGGGCUGGUGAACUUUGAGAUGAACAAGAUAGGAGAACAUGUUGGUGACUGGGAGCACUUCACUCUUCGUGUAAGCAACUUCACAGGAGAAUUAUGGUCAGUGUUCUUUUCUCAGCAUAGUGGAGGAGAAUGGGUUGAUGCAUGCGAUCUUGAGUUUGUUGAGGGAAACAAAGCAAUUGUCUAUUCAUCAAGGCAUGGCCAUGCAAGUUUUCCUCACCCGGGGACUUACCUUCAGGGAGCAUCAAAAAUUGGAAUAGGAGUGAGGAAUGAAGCAGGUAGAAGUGAACUUAGUGUGGAUUCAAGCACCAGAUACAAGGUUGUUGGUGCGGAGUAUCUUGGUAUUGAAGAACCAUGUUGGUUGCAGUAUAUGAGAGAGUGGGGUCCUAGCAUUGUGUAUGACUCGCGUUCUGAAAUAGAUAAGUUGAUUGACAUGCUUCCGGUGUUUAUUAGAUUUUCUGUGGUGAAUUUGUUUGAGUUGUUUCCCACGGAGCUUUAUGGUGAGGAGGGGCCAACGGGUCCAAAGGGAAAGGCCAAUUGGGUAGGAGAUGAAAAGUGUUACUAAUACUUCUCUGUUACUCUGCUACAUGCUAUGCUAAUUCUCUGCUACCACCAUGUUCUUAAGAAUCAUAUUUUACACGAAAUAUAAUUGGUGUUUUUCUUUUUUCA